AUGGGAUUCCAAGACAGGCCCGCGCAUGCGCCACAGAACCCCACCUUAAGUUCCUGCCCACCGGGGACUGUCCAGUCAGUACCGUUACUGCUUCCAGUGAGUGUGGACUUCAAGAGCUCUGAAGCCAGCAGCCUGUUUAAUGGCUUCCGGGAGACUGCAAAUCGAGCUGAUACUACAAAGAGACCCCCCUGCCCUAAAAAGCAAAUAAACGGGGAAGCGGAAAUAGGUACCGUUGGAGCAGGUACCGCUAGCCGCAAGUGCCAAUAUCUUCCUCCCUCAAGUGCUUUAGAACACCCCCUGAGGAUCGAUAAAAUGUUUUCUAAUACUCCAAUGAGCUACAGUUACCCCUCGGCGAGCGACGGGAACAGAGUCUUAGACCUACGGGUUUAUAAACAGGGGGAAGUGGUCCCAGGUCAGCUAACUCCUCCAAGAGAUGGUAGUCCUAUUUCUGGUGCUGGCAGUCCUGCACCAGUUGUCACUCCUGGUUCAGUAGGAAGCCCUAUUCCAGGUGGUACUCCUGUUUCAGUCGGAAGCCCUGUUCCAGUUGGGAGUCCUGUUUCCCUGACACCCACUAUUGCAAUAACGCAAAGGGUCUUGGCCGCAGCACAGGCUCAGCACACCCGCCCUUUCAAGGCAUACCCUAAAGAUCCCCUUACCUUGUCUACAGCACAAGAUGAAUCCUAUAUCCGAUUCAGAGAUGAAAUGUUAUCUCAGGUAAAGGGUGGAAAAACUUGUCAGAGGAAACGGCCUGCCAGUCCACAAGAAUCUCUGGACAGCAGACAGGAUCAUUCAGAAGAAAAGGAUGCUGCCUACUGGGAGAGGAGAAGAAAAAACAAUGAGGCAGCGAAGAGGUCGAGGGAUGCGAGAAGGGCGAAAGAAGAUGAGAUUGCCAUCAGGGCAGCCUUUUUGGAACAGGAAAAUCUGAAGCUGAAAUACCAAAUAGCAGUACUAUCUGAAGAAACAGCCCACCUCAGGUGUAUGGUUUACAAGGCAGAUCAUCAUCCUGCCGUUCUGGCGAGGUACCCACCCAUGAUUUGAAAUCCUUAUCAUAAAUUUUGUAAAUAGUCUCUAGGUUAGGUAUAUUUGUUUCAAAAUUCUAUUGUAAAUAUUAUUUUAUCAUAUAAUUCGCAGUGGUAUUAUAUCAUUUGUUUCAAAGGUUUAAAAAUGCUUAUAAAAAUCUAAAAUUCUUUUUAUCACAUUAAAUUAGAUAUUUAAUGAGAAAAUAAUUAUAGUUUUAAAAUAUUAAAAAUUAAUCUUCAAAUCUGACUGAAUAAUUUAUCAUUUUUUGACAAUAAAAUAUACUAUUUUUCAGGAAUUGAAGAGCUCAUAUAUGUUAUAUGAGAUUUUAGGAAAAGUAGGAAUUUUAUGUCAUAUUAUGCUCAGAAUAAUAUGUUAAUUAUUCCAUCCUAAAUAGCAUCUUGUUUAAUUUUUCUAAACCUUAAAUUGUGGUUGUUGCCAGAAAAUGAAAAUUGAUUGAUCUAGUGUAAAAUUGAAAUAAAAAAAUCAUUAAAUACAAUUUUUCUCAGAUUCAAUUUUUUCAAUUUGAAUUCAAUCAUUCAAAUAGAAGAGCACUUAGCUCUGCAAUCGUUAAUAUGACAAAGAAUUAAAACAUAAACGGUAUGUUUUAAAUAAUAGAUUACAUCAUUAAUAGUAAUUUUCGAAGUUUACAACCCUUAUUUUUAUCAUUUAUGCAAAUGAUUGCCUACAUUUUCAGAAAAAAAUGCUGCGACUAAAUGAAAUUUUCAAGGAGGCAUUGUUUUUUCUAAAACUUCUUUAUUUAUUGAAUAAAUAUCUGGAUAUUGUAGCUAAAAAUAGUUGCUAUAGUGCUCAAAUCCAAAAUCAAAUAGGAAACUAUUUUUAAUUGGAUUUGUAAAAAAGCUAUGCGAAACUGUUUUAGUUUCAUAAAUAUCAAUUAUGCAGUUAAGGAAUUUUAACCACCAUUUUAUGGCAUGAUACUGGACGGAUCAAAAAAACUAUAAUGUACAUUUAUUUUCAUAUAUAUAUACCUUUGGUAUUUGACAGAUAGAAAAAUAAACUUUAUUCUGAGAGAAAGUCAAAAAACUAAUUUAAUAAAAAUCAUGGUAAUUUAAUAAUUGUUAUAUUUGAUUUUUAAUUUUAAAAUUUGCUGGAUUUAUAUUUAAAAAUUUAAAUUGAUCUUUGUUAUUUAUUUAUUUGAUUAAAAAUAACGAUCACUCGCUUAGUAACACGGUUUUAAAUAAAUAAUAAUGCUUAAAUUUUGAUCAGAAAAUAAAAUCCCCUUUAACACAGAAAUUAAAUACAAUAUUACUAUUUAUGUAUACAUUAUUAUUUUGGACAUUAUUACAUUAUUUUGGACUAAUAGUGAUUAUUUUUAUGUACAAAUCCAGGUCUUAUAUUUUAGAAUUUUUAUUGGAUAUUUAAAAAAGUAUUUUGGGUUGAAUGUUGCUGCACUUGUUAUAUAUAUAUAUAUAUAGCCAAUUCUUACCUCAGAAUUAAAUAUACCACUGCGAUUUACUUUUUAAAUAAGAUAAUGUACGAUAUUUAUACUGUAAAUAUUUUUUUUGUAAAUAAUUUGCAAAUAUGUGAUUUAAUAAAAAAAAUUCUAAUUGCUGAUGAAAUGAUUUUUAAGAAAUGAGUAUUUACUUUAUUUUUAGUAGAAAAAGCUAUCUUUGUAUCUCCAUCAUAAAUUCAGUUUACAGUUAUUUUAAGAAUACAUUUCACACUAUAUGUAAUUUAUAGAAAAAUAUUUUAAUUUAACUGUUAUGUAUUUUUCCCAGUCCAAGGCAUUUUUAGUUAAGUGGCUUUAUUUAUUUUGAAUUCCUUAACGGGAUUGUUAAAGGGCUUUAAAUAGAAGUAGUGAUUAUUGUUAAGAAUAUUAGACUGCCUUAAUUAAUGUAUACUUGUAAAUUUUCCUUGUGAAUUAGGAAAACUUGUAUUUUUUGUAUUCCAACUUUGUAUAUAUAUAUGUGUUGUUUUAUUGAAAGAAUUUAUUUAUGUAUCAUAUCUCUAUUUUUUUAAUAUAUAUUCAUUAUUAUUAUUAUUAUUGAGAACAUAAUCGAAGGUUAUUACGUAUAAUAUUUAAUAUUACAUGUGAUGUAACAAUGUCACAUGUAUGGAAUACAUUUUGUAAAAAAAACAACAAAAAAAACAACAAAUUUUAUGCUCAAGAUUGUUAUAUUCUUUGAGUUAU